AUGCUUUCUGCUAGACCAGCCAUCAGAGCAGCUGCUAGAUCAGCUCUAGCUGCUAACAUUGUUAGAGCUGCACCAAGAAUUGUGAGUAUCCACUUGUUUUUGUCUUUCAAUGGGAAACUCCACGAGGUUUUUGCGGACAGCUUGUCAUUUUGGAAUACUAACACAAUUGCGACCUUGUCGCAAAUAUUACAGGCUAGACCUCUGUUAUCCGCUAGAUCGUAUGCCACCGCCAAGGCUGCGCCAACCGAGGUCUCUUCGAUCUUGGAGUCCAAGAUUAGAGGUGUUUCCGAUGAGGCCAACUUGGACGAGACCGGAAGAGUUCUUUCCGUUGGGUAA